CCCCCCCCCCCCAGGGCUAAAAAUAUUUUAAUAUAUAAUUCAUAAAAUGAAAAAAAUAAAUAUUUACUUUUAUGAAGUUAUGGCCAGUAUUUUUAGAUAGGCUAAAUCAGCAAUAUUGAACACGAUUUUUCAAAUUUUUCACGGGGGAGGACCCCCGGACCCCCCGCCUAGCUGGGGGGUAUUCCAUACCCCCCAGGCCCCCCGGAAAGGCCCUAGCCUUCUGCCUGGACCCCCCCCCCCCUCCACCCAGAGCUAAAUCCUGGGCACGCCACUGAGUGAUAGACAAGUGUCAUCGCAAUGGGACAUGGUGAGGUUACGACCAGUGCAUGGUAGAAGCUACAUUGCCUCAGAGUGUGUGUAAGGAACCAUUAUCAAAAUGUAUUUUUUAUGUUCAAAAUAUAUUAUAAAACGUAUUUAAAUGCUCGUACUUUAUGAGUGUAUUUGAUGAGCUGUUUUGAAGUAGAGUUGUUUAAAUUUGGUAAUAAUAUGCUGUGUUUUAAUCCCUGCUAGAACAUUACAUGCAGGCUUUCAGCAGAUACACUUAAACAAUCCUACAGUCGGUCACCUUCAACAAUCGUAACAUGGGGUCAAGCGAAACACUCGGGGCGCCGAUAGGCUUCCUUGAGCGACAGUUGCGAUCUGUCGAUCUGUUCGCAUCAUCAGGAGUUCAGAACACGUACAGAAAACAAGUAGAAAUUCUUGUAACCAAUGUCGUUUACAGUUUUUGUUCUCGAAUGAGAAAUUUUUAGGAAUAAUAUAUCAUAGAAACUCUUAUAAUUUUGACUAAACACACAUAUAUACAUGUGUGUGUGUGUGUGUGUGUAUUUUUUGUGUGUGUCUGUUAAACUAUCAGAAAUGGCAAAAUUUUAGACACAAGUAAACCACUGUAAUUGUGAAACCAUUUUUUAAUAUUUCAAUUUUUAGACAAAGAGUUUUAUGAGGCUAGAUUUGUAUCCUGGCAUAAAUAAUAUAAAAUCUCAUGACCUUAUUUUAUUUUUCGUAUCGUAUAUACAGUAUCUGUGAAGUGUGAUAAGUAUCAGUGAAAGUGGACAAAAAAUGAACAGCCCAGGACUCUGUUCAACUGUUUAAUAAUUCACGCCAGUUUAAGCACAGCCACAAUUUUUCGUUCCUUGCAUGCCUAUCUACUUCCCAGUAUCUCGCCGCUAUCCACGGUUUAGUGCUCGGAAUACUAAAUGGGCUGAAUGUUGCGACGCACACAGUGCUGACACACCGCAGCUGUACUUCCAUGUUGACUCAACACAUGUCUGGUUGACACUGAUGCAAACACACUCAGCGCACGCACGUAUGAUUAUAGCUGCAGUCUGGCGUUUUCACUGUAGUUGUUAUAGAUGCUGCUGAAAUGGAUUUAAUAAAAGUUGUAUUUAACAUUUGAAUUUGGUGUCCAAGAAUGUGACCUUGGUCCAACCAAGAGAAGGAGUCAGCUAGGUACAGGACCCUAGCCAUGACCCCGUGGCGCUUUCUACUAGCCAACUUAAUCUUCAUGUUAAUGAUUAUUCCUUCAAUAGUUGAUACCAUAACAGGAAGAGAAUAUAUUGUAGACGACAUUAAGAAUGACAACAUCCAUCACCUGGUUUCUAAAUCAGUGGUGGUGAUCAAGCAAAACUUCUUACAAACCACUAAAUCAACAGUGUUUGUUGUAAGCGACACUUCAAAAACAGCUGGUAAUAUAAUAUCACAGGUACAGUCAGACUGUUCCAGUCCUCUUUACGUCAUUGACAACAAACACUCUGGAUCACAAGCGAAUGGAAUAAUUCCAGCUGUUGAACAUACAGAAACAGAGAGUGUGGGUUUUAUCAUUAUCUCUGAUGAUGAUUCAAAUGACUUUUUUCUGGAUAUGGUAUUGCAGCUGUCGCAGACAAAAUUCUGGGACUGUCAGUCAAAUUUCCUUCUUGUUUUCACUGAAGUUCAGGGAGCAAUCGGACAUAUCGGAGACAUUCUGAGGAGAUACUGGACACAAUACGAGAUUCUCAACUGUGUUGCUAUGUUCUUGCAUGAAGUGAAACCCCAAUAUCGUGGCAGUCGUCCAUUUAUUAAGGGACUAACUUUAAAUCCUUUUAAAAAUGGUGGAAUUAUUUCUCGAAUAUCCACUCAGAGAAUCAAUAUUUUUCCUAAUAAAUUGUACGAAACUAAUGGAUUUCCCAUUAAACUGAUAAUCAACCCCGUGCGUCCUUUUAUUUAUGAAGAAAAAAAUAAUGGUAAUGUUGCAUACCGAGGAAGUAUUUACGAGCUUGUUAGCAUAUUCUCCAAGCCUUCUAAUUUCACUUUAAUAAAGUAUGGUUUAAAACCUAGUGUUAACUUGUCACAGUGGGCAAUACCUCAAACAUUUGAAAAUGAACCUGAUUUUGACAUCAUUUUUCAACUGCUGACGAAUCACAAACAGUUAAAAAGUUCCACUUAUCCUGUCCUCCUUAACCGUUUAAUUUUCAUUGUGCCCAAAGCAGAGCAGAUGCCAGCUUGGCUUAAUACAUUUUUACCCUUUACAUUGUCUACAUGGAUAUCAUACAUAACAUUUGUAUUGCUUACUACUCUAUCAUGCAAGAUAAUUUCAUCCUACUGUCGUCAUCCUACACGGUUAUUUCAAAGCCUGGAAAUAUAUUGAGCGGUAGUGACGGGCAUGUUCAUUCACAGAAGCAAUAGACAUUAUUUUCGAUUUUACAUUAUGUCCCUCUUGUUAUUUAACAUGAUAUUUAAUAAUGCAUACUCGGGUUCUUUGCACAGUUACAUUUUGGCACCUCAGUACUACCCUGAUAUAAACACUGCUAAUGACCUUGAAAGGCUUUCUCUGAUAACACUGGUACCAACAUAUGUAGCCAACAAUGUGUCAUUUGAUAUGUCUGACCUAAUGGAUAGUCUUGUUGGCUCGGAUGAUCGAUUUUUACAGUUAGUUUUUAACAACUUUAGAUUAGUCAAUGAUAUGGACACUGCAAUAAACAUGACUUUAGACAAAAGGAGUUAUGCUGUGAUAACUGCUGACAUAUAUGCUAGAUUCCUAGUGAAUAAGCAGCAAUAUAUAAAGAAUGGACGUCCUUUACUACAUAUUAUGGAUCACAGUGUUUAUAGUAUAUAUUUUUCAUUUCAAAUGCGACAAAAUUUCCCUUUUAAAAGCCAAAUUUCCUUAAUAAUCCAAAGAAUGAUUGGGUAUGGAAUUACAAACAAAGUCUUAAGUGACCUUAUUUCAGUUUUGGAACAUAACUCUAAAAGAAUCAAUAUUCAAGACGAUGCUAUUCCGCUAGCUGUUCAUCACAUACAGUGUGAGUUGUUUUGGUUUCUCGGCGAGUGUAUUGGUAUUUCUUUGUGAACUUGUUUAUAAUUAUUACUAUAAGAGGAUGGAAAGCAUGAUCGAAUAUAUUAAUUAAAGUAAUUAUGCAUAUUCAUUUUAAUGCUGACUACCAGUGCUCCCUCUGGUCGUGCACCGCUCCGAACACUAGCCAGGGGUAGGGCAGUGCAACACAGUGCAGUUGCCACCGGGUGUGGACGUGUUUCGCGCACUGCAGGGCCCUCAAUUUUCUGCAAGCAAUAUCCAGUAACAGCCAUAGUAAGAUUUUAUUUAAUUGUACUUUAAAGCCCCGCACCAGCAAGACCCCUUUCACAUAUAAGUCGCGUUAACUAAUAAAGAAAAUGCAACAUUGCGCAUUAUGUCACGAACUGCAUAGUCUCGCUAGAACACAUGGAUGUUCCAGGCUGUACUGUGAUGGACCCGGUUAUUUGGCUUUUCAAAGCUUCGCUUGCACUGACCGCAAAGUUUUCCAAAAUGUAUGCUCACAUAUUUAGUUAAUUAAAUAUCGAGGACUAUCGAUACCCAUGUGGCAUUGUUUGAGUUUCCCGCCAAGACAGCACACCUAAUAAGAUAGCUACAGGUCACAUGCCUUAAUGUGCAUCAUUGUAUUCUCUCCAGGACAUCUAAGAGUCACCAGUGUAAUGUGUCCCAAAUCAAGUUAUGAAUUGGAGUUAUAUUUCAGCGUAUCUUAAUGCGCCUGUGUAGUGUCUAUCAUCGUACUCUUUCCAGCACAUCUAAGGGUGCAGCAUAAUGUGUUCUGUAUGAAGUUGAUGUCGUCCCAAGUGCUCCUCCGGCUCGCGGAGGCAAUUAUUGCCCGUUGCUGCUUCAGGCUUGCGUGUGCGCUGGCGCCCGUGCGCGAAAGUGUAACAAAGGUUUUGUUUAUGUAAUUAUGUGAGUGUGUAAAUAUCUAUUUGUGUUGUUGUGUACCUGUAGAUGUGUUUCCCGGACGACUAAGUCGCGUCUCCCCGCCUGUGACCAUGUGGGCUCCACGCACUCGCUCACGAAAGGAAGAGGGGGGAUACAUGUGCGCGCGGCAAGGGGGGAGGCCGCUGAGACGUCGCGGAGCGUGGGUGGAGUUAGUCGCCUGAGUGGGAUGAGAGAGUGCGGUCGCGAAGUUGUGAGUGAGAGUCGAACGGACACUGUCAGUCGUGUCACCGUUGUCACGUCCCCGUCAUUCGCGUCUUCGUCGGUCACGUCACCGUCAUUCGCGUUGUCAGUCACAUCACCGUCAGUCAUGUCACCGUCAGUCACGUCACCGUCAGUCACGUCACCGUCGUUCGCGUCGGCAGUUACGUCACAGUCUUUCGUGUCAUCGUCAUUCGCGUCACUGUCAGUCGUGUCACUGUCGUGUCACCGCCAGUCAGGCCACUGGUAGUGUCGUGUCGCGCUCAAAGUGCGUGGAGCCGGGCCUCGCCCUGAUGGACUGUCACAGAUGGGAGCCGUGACAGCCCAUGUACAGUGUGUGACGUGUGCAGUAAACACAACUUAAUGUCAUAAACUCUUUUAUUUCACCCGAGUUAGGAUAGUUCCCUUGCCACGUGGCACGUACCUUCUCUGCCGGAGCAGCUGGGCAGCGACUCCGAACCACGGGAACGGCCCUAACGUCGACAAAGUAAUGUGUUAGGGUAGUUUCUCAGCAUAUCUCAGUGCCGCUUCUGCAACAUGCAUCACUGUACUCUUUCCCGCACACCUUAGAGUGUCUAGGAAUUUAUCCCACGCAGUUUAGCCUAUUGGUCAGUGCUGCGACCAGCUGUAGCGCACCCAGUGCAAGCGAUCCUACGAUGAAGCCAUUAAGGAGUCUAGGUGGGUGUCUCAGUCUUUGUUAGAAUUGGUACAAGAAUAAUUCGCUCUUUCUUCUGUAAUAUCAACUAUUGUGAUAGAACAAUAUAGUAAAUUCGUCAAAGAAACUGGAAUCACGUUAUGCAGCACAUUCUAGCGGCAGUGCCUGGUCCUAUGCCAUUAGCGCAUAUGUGAUAAGGGUAUUUUGACCAUUUGUAAUGUACAUAUUUUGUCCACGUUUUCUGCAGAUUGGGUUAUUUGUACAGCUGGAAAAGUUCCUUCAAUGUUUGAUUGCAACAAUUACUAUGUUGCUAAUUGCUCGAAGUCGUUUUUGAAGUUAAAUUUUCUUAGGCGCGUUGACGCCGAUGUCGUCUGCAUGUGACCAAGGAGGGAUACACUUUCUUCUACAAAGUUAAAUUGUAUAAACCUCGAAUUGUCAGAAGAAUUAGAUUAAUUAGGUUAAGCAGCUGAUGCUUUAAAUCAAGCCGAAUGGAGGCCAGCCACGAAGCACAAAGAAGAAGAUUGAAGAAAACUUAUACUAUUGUAGCUAUUGUCGGUGACAGCAUGGAAAUGAAUGCUCCAUGGUGCGCGAACGCGUCCGGCUUCUGUGCCUGGUGAAUGAUGACUGAUCUGGCCCCUAGCGACGCUGUGCGCGGGAUCACUGCAGGGGCGUAUCCAGGGCCGGGCGACCCGGGCAAUCGCCCAGGGGCCCGCGCCUAGUGGGGCCCCGCGUCUGCCCUCACCCGAGACCCUGUCAUGUAAGGUGUUCGAAAUUAAGUUGUACACCCCUAAUGUUUAUUAGAACCUCUUUUAUAUGUAUUACCCGCAACAUGCAGGGGACGAGUGUCAGAUAAUCGGGUUGGCAAUAUCUGUAUCACAUUACCUGACACUUGCCAGCCGGCGAUGCUGAUUAGUGUUUGCUUCAGGUUACAGUUAUCACAGAUACUGUGACAAAAAGGCUUUGCUCUGAGUGUCAUUUUCCUCUUAUAUAUCUCUGGGGAAGGGCGGUGAAAGUACAUACAGUUGUGCUUUUUUUGUUUUGUUUUAUGUUUAUAUUACUGCUGCCAGUUAUCAAAGGAAUUGAAAGUAUAGGUCGCUAUGUAUACCCUAAACUUCCUCUCAACCUUCUCAAUUUACGUGACUGUAGUCAGCGGCUGAUAAUUAGUCCUCCCUUCCCUUUUACGAUAUUAAAAAGUGGAGGGGGUGUGAACGUACGCGUUACAGACAGAUUUUGUUAUUGCAGUGUCGCCAGAUCAGUGGAAAUAUUAAGUCAUGUAUCGUGCAGUGCAUAUUUUGAAUCUCUAUUCGUUCGUCCUGUUAUUUUGAUGUAACUAAUUUCAAUUAUAUUUAUUAAUAGGGCUAGUUAUUUUUAAUUAGACAGUUUCAUAAUCAAGGCUGAAAUGUUUAUUUAGUUUCAGUCAGAUUAAUUUACAAUGACCUCUCGUGAUCGUGACUUUGGUAGGAAAUUUGAUCCUGACAGUUCCAAAUGGAAAAAAAUUGAAAAACGCAAAGAACUUGAAAAAAAAAAAAAGCGGUUCUUUAACAAAAUAUUUAAAGACUGAUAAAAUUACUGGAGAUAAGGAACAGUUGUGCGUUCAAGAUUCAAUACCAUUAACAGAAGUUAAAGACAUAAAAAAUACCCAGUAGCCAAAGUGAAUCUCCCCUGAAAAACAAUGAAGUGUUGUGUUCCGAGUGUAUGUCUGCGUCAUCUGAACAUCUGUGCGUGCGAGAUUCAACGAUGGCAGAGGAAGAAGUUACUGUCGCUGCAGAGGUAGGACUCAGUAGCCACAGUGAUACUCCUUUCGGAAGCAACGAGGUGAUGUAUCCUGAGUCGACUUCAUCAUCAUCUGCACAUGUGCCAUUAGAGGAUAACGAUGCGGACUUCGACAUCCGUGAGGAAAUCGAUACCUUACCUACCAAUGUAACUGUGAGUGACCAUUUUUUAUGGCCUAAACAAUUAAGUGUCUUAAAAAUAACUAGUAUAGUUCAAAACGGUCCCGUGAGGGUAUACAAUAAAUCUUACCCCAAAAAUGAAAGUGGUCGACAUUUUACAGACACACAUUAGGCUAAAUAAAAACACUUAUAAAUGGUGAAGAGCAAGAUAGGCGAUGGUUAGUUUAUUCCGAGUCAAAAGAUGCUGUUUACUGUUUUGCAUGUCGUUUAUUCUCUCUAAGACCUAAUCCCAACAGUGCCCUUGGAUCUAAUGAAUGUAUGAGUGAUUGGAAGCAUCUAUCCGAGGUGCUCAAGUCUCACGAAAAGAGCGAGUGUCACAAAGAAUGCAUGGUAAAAUGGCUUAGUUUAAAAAACGGCCUUUCUUGUGAAAAAACCUAUUGAUUCACAAACCCAGGCCCAGAUUCGAGCUGAACAACAACGCUGGAGAGACAUUUUAUAAAGGCUAUUAGCCAUCGUACAGUUUUUGGCUACUCAUAACUUGGCUUUCAGAGGGCAUGAAGAGAGGUUGUCCAAUUCGAAUAACAGUGAAAAUUUUUUGGAUUUGGUUAAUUUGAUUGCACGAUUUGACCCAACAUUGCGAGAGCACUUGCACAAAACUAUAAACAAGACAGUUGCCAGAAACCAUUACCUGAGUAAAACUAUUCAGAUUGAAUUUAUCGACAUGAUGGCCAAUCAUGUUAGAGCUAAAAUAAUAGAUAAAGUAUUAAAGAAUAAGUACUUUGCAAUCAUUUUGGACUGCACUCGAGAUAUAGCUCGGAUUGAACAAAUGUCAAUAAUUCGAAGAAUAACAAACCAAGACACUGCAGAAAUUGAGGAAAAUUUUGUAGAAUUUGUUGCUGUAGAAAAAACUACUGGUGAAAAGCUGGCCAGUAGAUGUAUUUGGUUCGUAUGGGGACAGGGGAGAGGGGAUCGGGGAUCCGAUCCAGACACCUUAAGGCUUCGCUUCAUCACCCAUGUUGGAUUACGUCACUUCCUUCGACCAUGCACACACGAAAAAGUGUCCCGUUAUGUUCAUCAGCCAUGUACGCACGAAAAAAUGUCCCGUUACAGUAGUUGGAAAUAGGGGGUUCAAGAACAGGCGCAGGAGCCAGGAUCCGACCUUAACCUUGGACCUUGACCUUGAAAUUUGACCUUGACCUUUAACAUUGACCUUGAACCUAGACCUUAGACCUUGACCUUGAAAUUUGACCUUGACCUUUAACAUUGACCUUGACCUUGAAAUUUGGCCCUGACAUUGAAAUUCGACCCUGACCUUAAGCCUUGCGACUCUCGAUGUUGCCAGCCUCUUGGAUGACGUCAUCUAAUCCAUGCCAAUCUAUGCUAAUCAGUAUGCCAAUCUAUGCCAAUUCGUAUGCCAAUCUAUGCUAAUCCAUGCCAAUCUAUGCUAAUCCGUAUGCCAAUCUAUGCUAAUACAUCCGCCAUUUGGUUUUCUAGAAAAAAAACCUACGCAUCGAACACCCCACUCCUCUACAUUACGAAUAAACCAUCUAGCAUCCCGCACCUCUGUUACAAUGACAUCGUCAUCAAACAUCCCACUCAUCACUGUUACAAUUUUUCGUUACACUGCAUUCUUUAAAAUAAUUUAUUAUCAAAAAAAAAUAUAUAUAUAUAUACCAUCGUCUGCCAGAGGCAGCCAUCUUAUAUAGUGGAGACCACCAUCUUGAUUUCAGCUGAUGGUAUCAUCAAGUGUAGGUUUUUAAAGUACGCUAGUGUAUGUAAGGUCGAGUUCCUAUCCCGUACCAGCAUUAUUAUGACCCUUAUAGUCAAAAAUCCACAAAAUCCACAAUCAUUUUGCUGUUGUAACCACCAUGUUUUCUUAUAGGUUUUAACUAAAAUAUAUGUUAUCAAUACCAUCGUUGUGGAUGCGAUAGUUAAAGUAAUGAUAAUUUAAAAAAAACCUUUAUUACUACAUCUUAGCAGACCAGAAAUUUUUUCAGAGACCUAACUCACAAGUAAUAUUCUCUUCUCAUGUUUGCAUACUCGUAUUUAAAAAGCUGCAUGGAAGCAGAUAUUUUUAUUGUCUGCGUAUAAUUACAUUUUACCAUUCUCUAAGACAUUUAUAAGUAUCAGAACAUAAACUGAAACAGAAACUAUACAACAAAAAUAAACUAUACACCAAAAAAUUGAAACUUUACAACAAAAUGAAAACUAUAAAACAAAAAAUGGAAACUAUACAACGAAUAGAAACAGAAACCAAACUACCAAACUAUUUAAAAAAAAAAACUAUUUACAGAAAAAAAAAAUUAUUCGUCACCUCCGAUAUAGCCGUGGGGGACCGUGCGGAUGCCGUCUUCACAGAUUAAUCGUUUGUCAUCCUCCCAUGUUAUGGCUAGCUUAUUGCUGUAUUCGCUAUACAGUACAUGCUUUCUCGACCGUAUGGCUCUAACACCUACCCUCCUUGUGCGAUGGUCUUGCAGGGCAUCCAGGUAAUCACCGAAUGUGAUGUGGUUUUUGACCACACAACGCUGGAUGCCCUUAGCCUUCUUCUCGACCUUGCCACCGCACCUGUAUGCAUAGAGUUUGGCCCGCAGACUGACAAACUCGCUCAUUACUUCUCCCCCACAUUCAUCUUUGAAUUUGCCAACAACUUUCUUGUUGAUGGGGGAGAAGCAUGGGUGGUCAGGAGGGUAGCAGCUGGUGUCGAAUUCAGACAUGAACUUAGGGUCGGCUCUUAGAUCAUGGUAGAAGUCCUGUGUCUGAAUCUCAUACACAAAGCUGUCUGUAUCCAUAUAUGCCAGAUGAAUAUUUUCCUGGUAUUUCGGUUUCAUAUUAUUAUAGUGGAAGUCGUACAUGAGUGUUUUUGAUAGAUCAAGUACUGCGAGUCCGGCAUAGAUCGGCUUUUCGAAAACGAUGGUCUCAUGGUUCAGGUGGACAAGACUCAAGUUUGGCUCAUACAUCGUGCGGUCCUUGAAGGACGGACGGCACACCAACUUCUUAAAUCUCUUCUCAGAACACACCAACUCCAUUUUGAGCCUCCGCCUCUUGUUUUCCAUCAGUUUGCCAAAUGUCGAGUUCACAGCGAGCUUGAAGAACUCCUUCUCGAACUCGUUGGCUGCUGCUUUGCGCUUGUUGGUGUUCAGCCGAAUAUAGGGCUCCAACCAUGCCGACUGCUCAAACUGAAGAACUUUAUGUAUACUUAUGAUUUUUAGACCAUGCGAUACUGCUUGUUGUAGGUUUUUGUAGUGAACGAUGUAGUGCUCUUUAUUUUCCAGCGUUGUCAUCAGCUUUGAUUGCUUUGAGCCGGGCGGACACUGAUUUACGGGAAGAAAUGGCAGGUCUUUGUGACUUUCGUGGAGUUCGAGAGGGUACUCCACAUCACACUCGAUAAUGUAGCCUGUGGGUGAAUUUUCCGGAAUAGACAUGACAUCAAUUGAUGUGUCUGUCCAUUGGAAAUGACGAAUGUGGAGCGGCAGAGACAUCGCCCACCCGUACAAGUUGUUUGCAUCAACGUACUCCAGGAAUGUGGAUGGCUUGGAAGCAUCAUGUGUUUCUGGUACGUAUGCGUUAUUGGCUACGCAAUGACGUUUAAUGCUUUGCGCUACACCACCACGAAUACCAGCCUCCACAAACAUAUACAUGUCAUAAUCUGUGAGUAGCUCUAGCUGUACACCUGUGGUUCGAAGCAUCGCGUCGAAAGCGAACCCAGGACAAGAAAUGUAGUGAGACGGAUCUAAACUAUAUGUUUCCAAGCAAAGACUGCGGAAAUUCUCGAAUACGUCCGCCAAAAUCAGAACAUCCGUCUUCAGGUACAAGUCAGCGUACUCCCCUAAGGUAGCACACUGAAACUUGUCCCAGACAUUUUGUGUGUGAGCGUAAUCCGCCUCGGAAAUACCAGAAUCAGUCAGAAUAUUAAAGAACUCAUCGAUGGAUGGAAGACUAGUAUCGUCUAGUCGAGCAAAAGAAUCAACGAAGUCGUAGGGGAAGACUCCCUUGCGGGUAACCAACUCCAACUCAUCAGGAGCGAAAAACUCAGCAGUACUUAUAAACUUGUCUGCAGGCAAGAACUCGGCGAGCGAAGCAAGACCCCGACUCAUAAAACGGAACGUAUCGACAAACUGAAUGCUGAACUUAUCAUGUAACUUUUUGGAAAAAGUUAUCAGCUUCUCCUCUGAAUUCGGAAUGAUGAAGAUGUCUUUACUAUCAUACCCCAACUUCCUGAUAAUGAAGUUCUGGUCGUAUGCCAGGUUGUGGAAGAACACAAUCAACUUUUUUGGUCUGCGCCUGAGAAGGUUGCAGUCAUUACAUGCAGACCCAAUAAAUUCACCGGUGAAGUGAUUGUGGUCACGAACUUUCUUUACAGCCCCUCCAAACUUUCCCCCACAGUAGCAACAACACCUUGCUUGCAGAAAAGCAGUGUUCUGUGCAUGUGUGAGCGGAGUCACAGGAACAGACGUAGAAAAGAUUUUCUCGACAUCCUGACCGAUUUUGACAAUGCGAGAAAUGAAUUUAUCUUCUGCAUCACACCCCCUGUAUACUUCAGGCUGUGAAGGAAGUGAAGAAGUGAGGUGUGCAGGAAUGACUGUAUUAUCUGCUUUCACGUAAAUGCAGUAGCUGUAUGCCUUAUGCUUUUGGUACUGCAGCGUACAUGACUCAUCAGGAUUCGGGUGACACGUAUGGAUUUUCUCCAGAAUAGCUUCAAAGUCGCAAUAUACCACGAUGGGCAUCUUAUCAGCAUGAUGGAAGUUUUUGAACUUCAGAACAGGAGGCAAGCCAUUUUGAUCGAGCGAUGGCAUUUCCAUCCUAACAGCAGCAUGCUGUUUGCAGAACUCACUGUGUUUUGCCAAACACUGAAGACCAGUGAGCCCACUAACCCUUUCCCGAUCAUCAUAAUGCUUGAAGCAUCUUUUACAGACAUGAAUAGCAUCAUGAUGUGAAGUGAUUUGGGACCGAACCAGGGCAGAAAAAUUAGUGAUGUAGGUGAAAUGGGACGAAUUGUCAUUAACCAAGAGCAGAAGAUCGAAAUGAUGUUCUUUUUCUUCAGGAGCGACUCGUGCAGGUACGAUGUUCUGGUUCUCAUCGAUACUGUAGAGGUUGAUUGAGACUCCAGGGUUCUGUUUUUCGAACAGAGGUAUUUGCCGGAUUGUAGUAGGAAACUCGAUGUUGUUGAAGUUGAAUUUCUCUUCCAAGUCAUGGUAACGCUGGUUCACACGUUCAGGAUGCUCACCUUCCACAUACUUGACCAGGAUCGCCCACUUAAAGCACACGUGGUCUUCAAGAUUUUGCGGAUUUAUCACUGCGUAUUUGUCUUUGAUGCAUGUAGGUAAUUCGAUGUAGGAGCUUGCACGGAGUGGAUCGAGCUUGUUUAUUCGUAGUUGAAGUCGCUUAACGGCCGACAAAGUCCAUCCGGACCCCUUUCCCAAGUAGUCUUCCUCCUCCUUGCAGAUCUUAGAGAUGGACUCGGUAACUACCUCCUCCACCUCAUGAACUGCGUAGAGGGGAACAUUCAUGGUUUUGAAGGCCCUCAUGUCUUCACUGGCAUCCGUAGGUUUUUCGUAGUCGCACUCGAGCACGAUAUUGAAUUUGAGAGGUCCGUUCUCUUCAAUCUCCUCCACAAGUUGGUUUAUUAUUUUGUUCUUGAUGGAGUCCAUGUACGUACAAAUGUCCUUGGCAGAACUUGACGUAUUAACAGCAAUGUAAGUCUUCAAAUUACCCUUGAAUCCUACUUCAGCGGUGAUGAAGCCAUGGGUAUUGGCCAAACCCGCGCCGGUCACCACCUUUGUUCGGCUGGUCGAUGGUUUAGGCAGUACUGCUGGCAUAACUGCUGCCAUCCUCUGCUUCUUUGUCGGAGGCGGAGCAGACCCCUUGCACACCUUGAUGUGGGCUUUCAAUUUGUCAGCCCUGACGAACUCCUUGGCACAGUUGUCACAGGUAUGUGCUAUGCGGUUAGGGUUGAGACCACAAGCAGACUUCUCAUGACGUCUAGCAAAAUCAGCACGAGCGAAGACCUUAUAGCAGAAACUGCACCGCAUGCCUGAUGUCGUGGCAACUCCAGCACAUGUUGACAGGUGCUGCUGCAUCUUGUCGCUGCGUGCGACCAUCUUGCCACACAGAUGACACUGCUGGAAGUCACGCUGCAUGUUGUCAGCACACUGACGUUCGUGACGGUAGCGGUUGUUGCCUGCCGUGAAGGUAGCAGGGCAGAAACGACAUUUCUGCACGGUAGAUGCCAUCACAGCAAUUGGUAGUCCGGUCUCAACGUACAGAACACGCGAAGGAAGCUCGACGUACGGAGAACUAUAACAGAAGAAUUAAGAAUACAAUGUAGCUAGCCAUUACACGAAAACAAACAUAACCUCAAAACUCUAGCCCUCAGGCUAACUAACCCAAACUGUUAGCAAUGCUACUAAAUAAAAAAGUUGCAAACAUAACCUCAAAACUCUAGCCCUCAAGCUUACUAACCUAAACUCUUAGCAAUGUUACUAAAUAUAAAA